UGCUCUUCAAGCAAACUACAAUAUCGCCUUACAAUACCAAGAUCCCGAAUUUAACAAUGAAUUGUGUAACUUAACAGACGUCUCUGAGCUCCCAGAGAAACCAACCAUCAAAAUCAUCCCACUGAUUGAUCUUGUACCUGUCACGGAACAACCAGAAUUGUGGAGUGACACAACCAGCCAGGCAGACACAGAGAUACUGCCCAUUGUCUCUCCGAAGAGAAGUUCUCAGUGGCCAGAGAAGUUUGAAAUCCCUAAAUUUUCCGUAGAUGUGGAGUACAGACUCCGCCAAGGUAACUUGCUUAAUUUGAAGGAUGGAUCCUAUCUCAAAGUGACAAAAGAACUGAAACAUGACAUCCUCCAAACACUGGCUGAGACCAUAUAUACAUUUAAAGUAGCCGCAAAAAGAGGAUUGUGCAGCUGUUGCCAAAUCCUUGGUGCAAACACAUCCAUGCCUAAAAGAAAAAGGGUCAUCUGACUGGGAAGGGUGGAAGAACAGCAUCUACUUUAAAAUAGGUAACUAUAGAAACAAAUUGCGCAAGAUGGGUCGACUUGAUGUCAGUGUCAAUGGUGGAAAACGUGGAAGGCACACCACAGGUGGUGACCCUCCCAGCAAAGACAUCAAGAAGCCAAAAAAGGGGGAACUAAAUUUCCUUCCUGAUUAUCCAGAAGGGAUGGAAGGCCAUAACCUGGAAGGAGCUCGCCAGGUGGUGGUCCAGGAGACGAUGAAGGCAAAGCCAGAUGCAUUGCUUGUGAAGAAGGAGAUGGAUGUGACCUUUGCUCUUCGCAGACAGGAGGUAGUCAAAGAUAAGCCUGCCAUUAACCAGAUGGUACAGAGAUGGCCAGCUCUUUUCACCGAAAGUCAGGUUUAUUAUGAGUUUAGCAGAGUGGUGGGGAAAAAUCUCAGAGAAAACUUCUUUGGUUCGCUAGACUGCUACUCUGCAAGCCUGGUUGAGCUCUUCAGGAAGAAGAAAGGCCUUACUGGUCAGCUUUUGGCUGCGCUUUUACGUCAAACAAAGAGCUCUGAGCCAACAGACAUCAGGUGCCUUUGUCUUCGGGGACUGCCCGUCAUCUUGGGGGAUGAUCCUUCUGGGUUCUUCAAGGCCUGUUCCGAUCCAGCUGACACAGACGUAUAUAGUCAGACUCCAGUGGGAAUCCUCUGCAUGGAUGAAGAAACCUCACCACUGAACCCAUCCAGAGUGGGGAUCAUCCUGGAAGGGAACGUGGUGCUUGAUGGGCUGCCCAACCUGCCUCAGGCCUUCUGUGUCCUUUUUGGACUGAUUUAUGCAUUACAUCUGGACUACCCCAAAUGUAUGAAGUACACUUUUCUUUUCGUGCAACAGGUGAUGCUGAACUUGGGGAAGAGUCAACUUGCACCCAAAAUUCAGACUCUGAAAAACCAGCUUGCAGAGUGAGACAGGGUUUCAACUAGUUAGGUUCUAUGCAUCGGGUGCUGAAUGUUU